UCACACAUAUUUUGUUUUUCCUUUUUGUUUUUUUAAAUGUAUACAUACACUUGAGGCAAAUUGCACAAUUAAAGUGCAAUAAAACUUUUAGUUAAUGAAGUCAUUAAAAGGCAACGGCGACAACAACAAAAGCAAAAGCCAUAGGGCUAAAGCUUAAAAGCAAAUCUUAGUCACCCAACCUAACACAACAGCAACAACAAAAUUAUGAAAAAUCACAAAAUUUAUUAAGCAAAGAAAAAACAACAACAAUCCAAAAAAAAGAAGAUAACAAAAACACGAAACGAAAAACAAAAAAAAGUGAAAGUUUUCCAGCGUUGUAUGUACGAAGCGACGUUUGCACAAAAUUAAGAGAAAAACGAAAUACAAAAGUAACAAAAACAAUCAACUGUUGGCUUCGAAAAACAACAACAACAGCAGCAGCAAGUCGGCAGCAAACAAAAUAAAACAAAAAAAAAACUAAAACUGAGUACACAAGGGAAAACAACGCAUAAACACAGACAACAAAACAACACAUACACACACAUAUAUACAGACGCAUACAAAUAGAAUCAGCAGCGAGAGUGUUCAGUGGCGGCAAUAGCAUCCUACUCGAAAAUGUGGUAAGGCAAGUGGCAAGCAUUCAAGAAGAAGAAGAAGAGCUGGCAACAAUAACAACAACAACGGCUAACAACAGGAUUGCUGGUGGCGGUGGCGGGCUAGCGACACGCUUAGUCGUUGCUCAACCACACCCGCACCACCACCAACACCAUCAACAUCAACACCACCCACAUCAGCAGCAGCAGCAGCAGCGCCAGCAGCAUCAACAAUUGCAUGCACAGUCACAGGUCGUCAACAGUUGGAGAAACCCAGUUACCGUCAAUCCACCACCGCAGCGGCCAUGGUUGCCACUUGCCAAGCCCAACAAAUCGCGACCAGCCUGCAUUUUCACGGUCAUGUGCUAUAAUGUGCUCUGCGAUAAGUACGCAACCAGACAAAUGUACGGCUAUUGUCCGUCGUGGGCGCUUUGCUGGGAGUAUAGAAAGAAGUCGAUCAUAGAUGAGAUACGACACUAUGCAGCGGAUAUAAUUAGCUUGCAGGAAAUUGAAACGGAACAGUUCUAUCACUUCUUUCUGCCCGAGCUUAAGAACGAUGGCUACGAGGGCAUCUUUUCACCCAAGUCCCGUGCUAAGACCAUGUCCGAGCUGGAGCGCAAAUAUGUAGAUGGCUGUGCAAUAUUCUUCCGCACCUCCAAAUUCACGCUGAUCAAGGAGCAUCUGAUCGAGUUCAAUCAGCUGGCAAUGGCAAAUGCCGAAGGCUCGGACAACAUGCUGAAUCGUGUGAUGCCCAAGGAUAACAUCGGUCUGGCCGCUUUGCUGAAGGUGAAGGAGACCGCCUGGGAGCCCAUGUCCGAGGUGACACAGAUCUCGCAGCCGCUGCUCGUCUGCACUGCGCACAUACAUUGGGACCCGGAGUUCUGUGAUGUGAAGCUCAUACAAACGAUGAUGCUUAGCAAUGAGCUGAAGACAAUUAUUGACGAGGCCAGUCACAGUUUUCGUCCGGGACACAAGAACGAUUCGAACAGUGUGCAGCUGCUGCUUUGUGGCGAUUUCAACUCGCUGCCCGAUUCGGGUGUGGUCGAGUUUCUGGGCAAGGGCCGUGUGGCAAUGGACCAUUUGGAUUUCAAGGAUAUGGGCUAUAAGCUGUGCCUGCAGCGGCUGCUGUCGAACGAUACCAACGAGUUUACGCAUUCUUUUAAGCUGGCGUCUGCCUAUAGCGAGGACAUAAUGCCGCACACCAAUUAUACGUUCGACUUUAAGGGCAUCAUUGACUAUAUAUUCUACACAAAGACGGGCAUGGUGCCGUUGGGUCUGCUGGGGCCCGUGUCGACGGAUUGGCUGCGCGAGAACAAAGUUGUGGGCUGUCCGCAUCCGCAUAUACCCUCGGAUCACUUUCCGCUGUUGGUGGAGCUGGAGUUGAUGCAUACGGCUAGUCAACAGACUCCCCCCAAUGGACUGAUUAAUCGUCGGUAGCAAUAGGCGCGAAGCCGCAGCCGUAGACCAGCAACAUCUAAGGUGACGACGGCGAUACCAAUAGCGAUACCAACAGCGAUAACAACAACAAUAACAACAACAACAAUGACAGCAACAAUGACAACAACCACAACGAACGCUAGGACAAUUCCAGGCGCAGCAGGAGGCAGUGCCAGAGGUAGCAGAAGAUAUGGCUUUAGACGCAUCAAACCAAUGAUACCAACACCCGCAGAAGAAGCAACAGCAGAAACAGCAAUGCUGUCCACAAUGCCGUCAACCUCCGGCCAGUCUUGUUCGUCCCAUUGCGUAAUGCACAGAGUAAUCAAAGAUAACAAUCAGCCACCGGAACCGUAGAGAAGACCUCGCUGCCCAUUGCAAACAAAAAA